AGAGCCGGAGGGAGAUGCCGGGGGAGGUCCGCUCGCUGCGCGGAGGUGCUCGAGUGUCGCCCGUGCUCGUGUACCGGCCCGGCCACGCCAAGAGUAUGGUGCGCGCCAGCAACUACGCCGGCGGCUACUUGGUGCGGAGCACCAACGGCUAUAUGCCGGCCCACUCUCCGGGCGGCUCCCACGGCAGCAGCUCGCACGGCUCGUUCAAGGACGCCGAGCUGAGCAAGACCAACCUGUACAUCCGCGGUCUGAGCCCGGACACCACCGACGAGGACCUGCGCACCAUGUGCCUCGGCCUCGGCCAGGUCAACUCCACCAAGGCCAUCAUCGACAAGUCAACCGGCGAGUGCAAGGGCUACGGCUUCGUGGACUUCGACACGGCGGACGCGGCGCAGAAGGCGGUGAAGCAGCUGGUGGCGAAGAACAUCCAGGCGCAGAUGGCGCGCCAGCAGGAGCAGGAUCCGACCAACCUAUACAUCACCAACCUGCCGCUGACAUACACGGAGCGCGAGCUGGAGGCGCUGCUGCAGCGGCACGGCACCGUCAUCUCCACUCGCAUCCUGCGCGACGACCGAGGCACCAGCCGCGGCGUCGGGUUCGCCAGGAUGGACAUGCCAGAGACCUGCCAGAAGAUCAUCAAGACGCUGAACGGCCACACGCUGGAGAGCCACAGCGCCAAGCUGGCCGUCAAGUUCGCCGACGGCAACAAGAAGCGUCAGCAGCAGAAGGGCCAGGAGGCGCGCUGGCGGCAGCAGGAGGCGGCGCCGCGGCUGCCGGGCUACGAGACGGCCGGCGCGCUGGCUGGC